AUGGCAAAAGAUAUCCGAGAUAUUAAAAUCAAGUUAGACACAGCACUGCUUCAAGCCCUUCCGGUGGGUGGUGAAGUCGUAUCCGUCGUUCCACUGGGCCUCAGCAACAAUUGCGAAACCUGCCGGAUUGACGUGCGACUGUCAGGUGGAGGUAUGCAAAGCUUCUUCGAAAAGUCUGGAAAAGGAGAAGAUGGAAGAGAGCUAAUGCUGGCCCACUGGACGGCCGAGUCGAGCCUUUAUAGCUUCAUCCCCGGUCAUGUCCCGCGGCCUAUCGCCGUCGGCGCUUACGAGUCGGUGUCAUCUCCCGUGCACUUCUUCCUUAUGGAGUUCGCCGAUCUUGUCCCCGCUCCUGUCCCAAACCCAGCGGCAUUCAUGGCGCCCGUGAUUGCCCUGCACCGCGCGAGUAUGGCCAAGUCCCCGGGUGGGCAGUUCGGGUUUCCGGUCCGAACACGCUUCGGGCACCUGGCGCAGGACAACACUUGGGAGUCAUCAUGGGAGGUAUGGUGGACAAAGCACAUGACCAUGACAGUGGAUCGAGAGCGAGAGAUCCGGGGUCCGUACUCGUCUCCCGAGGUUGCGCCAUUGAGAGACGCAUUUCUGAAUAUGGUCCUCCCGCGCUACCUUCGACCCCUAGAGACGGGUGGCAGGAGUGUGGCGCCUUGCCUCCUUCAUACUGACCUCUGGCCCGGGAACGUCCAGUACUGCAGGCCCGGCAAUGCCAACGACGAAAUGAAGGUUGCCAUAUUCGAUGCGAACGGUCUCUGGGGCCACAAUGAAGGAUUGGAAGCCGAGCUAGGCAUCAUCAGCAACCCACGCUGCGGCGUCGGCCAAGCCUAUGUCGAUGAGUACCGGAAACACAUGCCCGCUUCGGAGCCGGCAGUUGACGCGGACAGCAGAGCCUUCAUGUACAUGAUUCGCCACCAGAUCUGCUUCGCGACGUUGUACCCGGGCGACCCCUCGCUGAGAGAUAUGUGA